AUGCCACGGUGGAAAGGCCGUACGACAGUGGCAAAGAAACAAUUAAAAUUAUUUGCCUCCAAAAGUACUGUCGACGUUACAGCGGUGGAGGAGAGUAUGUCGAAGUAUAUCAAUAAUUUUGCUCAAUUUGAAACCCUCAUGGACGAGCAGGAUGACCUAGACCCACAAGGAGAAUAUCACUCAUUGACAGGUCGCUUUGCAAUUGAAAGUGAUUAUCUGGAGGUUCUCCAGGAAGCGGAGGUAGUUAAAGGCGUAUGCCUGAGCCUCCCCAUAAGGAGAACCUCAGAAGCUUCAGAACGCUCCUAUGCCAGUUCAUCGACCUCUUCAGGGUCCAUCAAAGGAAAACUUCCAGAUCCUAAACUGCCUACAUUUUGGGGAGAUGUCACUCAAUACAUGUCUUUCAAGAUCAACUUCAACUCAGUCGUUGCAAAGCAUCGUGAAUUAAACAAAUCGGACAUGCUCAAUUAUUUAAUAUCGGGGUUGAAGGGAGAAGCAGUGCGCAAAGUACAAAUGCUCUCAAUUUCAGACGAGAAUUAUAACCGAGCUUGGCAAAUUCUCGACAAAGCGUAUUCAGAUACACGAGUCAUUGUAUCCAGACACCUUCACCAGCUGUUGAAAAUGCCUCAGCAAGAGAAGGAAGUUGUAGAAGGCUUGGCUAAACUAGUUGACAGUACGCGCCAACACAUGGAGUCCGGAAACGGAUUAAAUAUCGUCGUAGGUGAUCAGCUGAUAGUGGCACUAUUGGAACAAAAAUUAGCUAAGGUCACUACUGAUGCCUGGGAUGACAAGCAAGAGCGCGGGGUGCUUCCUCAACUGGAGGACAUGCUGGAUUUUCUCACGCGACGUGGUUCGAGACUUCAAACACGCAACAAGGAAAAAAUUGGAAUAGCGACAGAGUCUUCGACCAAGUCAAAUCAUAAGCACAAAAGAGAACAAUCGAAAAUUUAUGCAUUUAAUUCAACCACUGGUAAAUCGUGUCAAGCAUGUGAUGAAACCUUCCAUGCUCUCUUCAAAUGCAAUAAAUUCAGAGAUUUAUCAGUGGAACAACGCAUAAAAAUUGCAAAACAAUCAAAUGUAUGCCUCAACUGUCUCAACAAACACAAGGGUGAGUGCAAAUACGGGGGCUGCAGACAUUGUCCAGAGAAACAUAAUUCUCUAUUGCAUUCAGAGUCAAUGGGUGAACGAGAGUCUCUCACAGCCAUGAAAGCUCAAAUCUCAUCGAAUCAAGUCAUGACCACCGCCAUUGUGAACAUGGUGAGUCAAUCAAAUCAAUCAAUUCCCUGUCGAGUUCUAUUGGACACCGGCGCAACGGCCAAUUUCAUCACAGAAGAGCUCGCAGUGAAACUCAAUCUACGAAAGAAGGCGUGUGUCAUCCCUAUCGAUACAUUAAGUGAGAUGGCAACAUACACUAAACACGUAGUUACUGCUACCAUAACUUCGAGAUACAAUGGAUUCAAGAAAGAGUGUACAUUCCUGACGGUUCCAAGGAUUUCGUCGCUGACUCAAAAUUCAUUAAUACCCAGAGAGUCUGUGAGAAUCCCAUUUAAUAUUCAUCUAGCAGAUCCUGAGUUCUACAAGCCACCUCCAAUAGAUAUCCUAUUGGGCACUGAAGCAACACUCUCCUUACUCACCGUUGGGCAGAUUGACCUGUCACCGCCAGAAGGUCCAGACUUAUUCCUGCAUAAAACCCAGUUGGGAUGGAUUCACGGUGGGGCAAUUCAAAAGCAGCAAGGCUCAAACAAAAUCCAAUAUCAUCAAGCAAAUGUCGACUUGGAUCUACAAAAAUUCUGGAAAAUCGAAGAAAUUUCAGACAAAAAGGUAUAUUCAGCUGGAGAGCAAAAGGCUGUGGAACACUUCAAGCAUCAUCACAGUCGGGACUCUACAGGGAGGUACACAGUAGCCCUCUCAUUCAAGGAAAAACAGAAUCUCUUGGGUAAUUCUUAUCGAAUGGCUCUCAAACGUUUCCAUUCUCUAGAACGCAAGUUUUCCAAGGAUCCAGAGCUAUUCGAACAAUACUCAGCAAACAUUGACAAGUAUUUACGUUUGAAUUAUUUAACCAAGGUUAAAAACCCUGCGGACACGAAGUUUUAUUUGCCGCACCAUUCUGUAAUCAAGAAAGACAGCAUCAAAACCAAAGUCAGAGUUGUUUAUGAUGGCUCUGCGAAGACAACGACAGGUGUAUCGCUGAAUGAAUCGUUGAUGGUGGGACCAACACUUCAAGAAGACAUCUUCUGGCUAAUUCUCCAUUUUCGCACUCAUCAGUAUGCACUGACAGGUGACAUCGAAAAAAUGUACCUGCAAUUUGGAAUCAGAGAAGAGGAUCGCCGGUAUCAGAGAAUUUUGUGGAGAGAUGAAGGUGGAGAAAUCGCCGUAUACGAGCUCAACAAUGUCACCUUCGGACUCUCAUCCUCACCGUAUCAAGCUGUCCAAUGUCUCCAACAACUUGCAGAUGAUGAGGCUCAACAUCAUCCUGUUGCUGGAACUGUUAUGAAAAAUCACAUGUAUGUUGAUGACCUACUUUCAGGCUUCGAUACAAUACACGAAGCUAGGCAGGCUCGUGAAGAAAUCUCUGCAAUGCUCGCAAGGGGUGGGCUCAAUAUGAAGCAUUGGGCAUCCAAUGAGCCCAAGCUGCUGGAAGGUCUACCUCAAGAUGCUAUACAUCAAAAACUUCAAUUGGAUGAUGGGUCGACGCUCAAGACACUGGGAGUGUAUUGGGACGCACAGUCUGACUCUAUCACGUACACAGUGAAGCCAGUAUCUCCAGAAGAGAAAGUAACCAAGAGAGUCAUCAUGUCAGAAGUUGCUACAAUUUAUGAUCCUCUGGGACUACUAGGUCCAGUCAUUCUGACUGUUAAAACAAUAAUUCAAAAGCUCUGGAAGUCAAAUUGGAGUUGGGACGAGUCUGUCCCUAACAGCAUUCACACGGAAUGGAAUGCAUAUUGUGCUGAACUGAAUCAGCUGAACGAGAUUUAA